AUGGCAACAAGAGCAACCUCCGACGAAAAGGCUGUCGACACCCACGAAGCGAUUGACGAGCAGCAACAUGCUGGCCACAAGUCCCUCGAGAACACUGUGGUUCAGAAACCUCCGCAACUGAAAGCGACUGCCUCGAGUAAGUCGGAGCAUGUGCAGACGUCUGAUUCCAAGAAAGAAGAUUCCUCGCAGACGUUAGAGGAGAAAAGCAAAGCCGGCGUAGGCGACUAUUUCCGUGUCUUCCAGUACACCGACCUCCAAGGCCGACUUCUGUACGCUAUCGGAAUCACAUGUGCUGUGGCCAGUGGCGCUGCAUUGCCUUUAAUGACACUGGUCUUCGGAUCAUCAACUGGUUCGAUCAGCAACUACGGCUCCGGACAGGGUGGCGACUCGCAGCAGUUCCAAGCCAGCAUUCAUGGACUGGUUCUAUGGUUUGUGUACUUGUUCGUCGGCCGCUUUGUCAUAGGUUACUUCGGAACAUUAUGCAUGUGUAUCGCAGCAGCUCGAACGACCAACGCCUUGAGAAAAGCAUUCCUUGCGAGCUUGCUCAGGCAGGAUAUGGCACAUUUCGAUUUGCAAGGCAAUGGAUCCGUUGCUACACAGACUACCACGAAUGGGAACCGUAUCAACCAAGGCAUUGCCGAAAAGCUCUACACAUGCGUGGUGGGGCUCUCACUUUUCUUCUCCGCCUUCAUUGUUGCUCUUGCGGUUCAGUGGAAACUUGCGCUCAUUACAAUGAGUAUCGUCCCUGGCAUGAUGCUUGCGGUAGGGAGCUGUAUCGGCGUUGUCACACCUAUCGAGAACGAGAUUGUCCGCCUUUACUCACGUGCAGCUACGGUAGCACAAGAUGCACUGGGUUCGAUGAAGACCAUUCUGGCUUUUGGUGCGCAAGAAAAGAUAGUGACUCUGUAUGAUGAGUACCUGCGAGCAGCAUACGACAAAGGCAAGAAGAAGUCCGUCAUGUUCGGCAUACUCUUCUCGAGCCAGAACUUCUUCACGAUAUCUGGCAUGUCGCUUGCUUUUUGGGAAGGCUCGCGACUGUACCAAAGCGGGGAGAUCCCGAACGUCAGUAAAGUCAUAACUGUAAUCCUGAGCGUUACGCUUGGCACUACAUCAGUGCUGUUCUUCCUCCCACAGAUCGAAUCCAUCACAAACGCUUCGUCAGCUGCCGCAGAACUAUUUUCGAUCGUUGACAAGCCAUCACAGCUCGACCCACUCGAUUCCGCCGGCAGACGACCUACGAGUUGCACAGGCGAUAUCGAGAUUCGCGACUUACACUUCGCUUAUCCUAGUCGUCCGGAAGCACCAGUCUUACAAGGUCUGAACCUGAGAAUCCCGGCGAACAAAACUACGGCUCUGGUUGGGCCGAGUGGUUGCGGCAAGUCAACAAUAGUCGGUUUGUUGGAGCGAUGGUACCAGCCUACUUCGGGGCAAAUGAUCCUCGAUGAUCACGACAUUGCCGAUUACAAUACCGCUUGGUUGCGGAGCAAUCUCAGACUGGUACAGCAGGAGCCUACGCUCUUUCAAGGCACGGUGGCACAGAAUGUUGCCAAAGGCUUCGUUGGCACUCAGAUGACACUCCCGGAAGAGAAGCGGAUGCAGCUUAUACAAGAAGCGUGCAUCGCUGCCGAUGCACAUGAAUUCAUCCUGGGAUUGCCUGACGGCUAUCAUACAGCGCUUGGCGAGGGUGCGCGCAUGCUCAGUGGAGGGCAGCGACAGCGGAUUGCCAUUGCAAGGAGCAUCAUCUCCGAGCCAAGGAUCUUGCUGUGCGACGAAGCAACAAGUGCAUUGGACUCUCGUGCAGAGAAAGCCGUCCAAAGCGCUCUCGACCGCGUUUCAGCCAACAAGACCACGCUGAUCAUUGCACACAAACUUGCCACAGUAAUGGCCGCUGACAACAUUGCCGUCAUGGCAAAUGGGCAGGUAGUCGAACAGGGCAGCCACCAUGAGCUGCUCGAACGCGACGGACUUUACGCCGCCAUGGUGCGCGCACAGGAUCUAGGCGCCGAGCUAGAAGAAGGUGCACCCUCCAGAGCACCGGAAGUGGCGCCACAGGAGCACGAGAACCAUGGGGAGUACGGCUCGAGCGCUCCAACGCUUAUGCGUAUGCGAUCCGAGUACAAAGCUACAGAACCACAGUCCAAGGUUGAGCCGCUCACUGCUGGAACAUUGAAUCAGUCCCUCUUCAGCUGUGCCUUCGUCAUGCUGAAGGAGAACAAGGAUCUGUACCCGUGGUAUGCUCUCAGCUGCCUCGCUUACGUUAUGGUCGGUGGCACGUAUGCGGUACAGGCUGUCCUAUUCUCACGGCUGAUCAGAGUCUUCACGUUGCAAGGCGCGGAAGCACGAAACCAGGCUGAUUUCUAUGCCCUUAUGCUGUUUGUACUAGCGCUAGCGAACCUUGUUGGAUUCUUCUGCGUUGGAUUGGCCACCAACGCAAUUGGGCAAAGCCUGACGUAUCGCUACCGCAAGGAGAUGCUCCAGCGUAUCCUGAACAUGGACCUUGACUUCUUCGACUUUCCAGAAAAUGCUUCAGGAGCCUUGACAGCCAGACUGUCUUCUGUUCCGUCGGCAACGCAGGAGCUGAUGUCGCAGAACCUUGGUCUCAUGCUGAACGUUGUAGUAAACGUUAUUACGAGCAGUGCGCUUGCCAUCGCUUACGGAUGGAAGCUAGGUCUUACUCUGGUCUUUACGGGUUUGCCUCUCAUAGUUGCGAGUGGAUGGGUCCGAGUUCGACUCGAUCAGAGACUUGACGCUUCGACUGAAAAGCAAUUCUCAAGCAGCGCUAGUCUGGCUUCAGAGGCCGUGAUCUCCAUCAGAACAGUGAGUCUCCUCACGCUCGAGAACGAUGUUCUGCGCGAGUACAGCGAGUGUCUGGACGGUAUCGUGGCGAAAGUUAUUCGCAGCCUGCUUGUGACACUCAUCCCGUACUCCUUUUCACAAUCAGCGGACUUCCUUGUCAUGGCCCUUGGCUUUUGGUACGGAUCACGGCUACUCUCGACUGGGGAGUACACCUCGACACAAUUUUUCGUUGUCUUCAUUGCGAUAAUCUUCGGAGAUCAAGCUGCCGCGCAAUUCUUCACCUGGACGACGUCGAUCACUAAGGCCACUAGUGGCACGAAUUAUAUGCUCUGGCUAAGGACUAUUACCACUAACAUUCGCGAGACUGCAGAGAACCAGGAUAAAGCGCCGUCUGCUGGUGACGUCUCUGUUGGAUUACACGAUGUAGAGUUUCGAUACCGACAACGGCAAACAGCUAUAGUGUUACGUAGCAUAUCCUUGACCAUCAAACCCGGAACAUUUGCAGCUUUUGUCGGACCGUCUGGGUGUGGCAAGAGUACAAUCGUCUCACUCAUGCAGCGCUUCUAUGACCCGUCUUCCGGCUGCAUUACAGUGAACGAAGACGACAUCAAGCUCUUGUCACCCAGCUUGUAUCGUCGCUGCAUGUCGCUUGUUCAGCAAGAGCCGCCGCUGUAUCUCGGAUCCGUGCGCCAAAACAUCGCGCUCGGCUUAGACUACGAACCAUCCGAGGAGGAGAUGGCCGAAGCCUGCCGUCAGGCGAAUGUGCUUGACUUUGUGUCGUCUCUUCCUCAGGGGUUGGAUACUCCCUGCGGUUCGAAAGGUACACAAUUCUCCGGCGGGCAACGGCAACGUAUAGCUUUAGCAAGGGCUUUGAUCCGGAAACCACGCCUUCUGUUGCUUGAUGAAGCAACCUCGGCGUUGGAUACGCAGAGCGAGAAGGUUGUUCAGAAAGCGCUGGAUGAAGCGAUGUCAAGCCGCACUACUGUUGCCGUUGCCCAUCGGCUGAGCACGAUUCGUGACGCAGAUGUCAUCUUCGUCAUACAAGAUGGGGCAAUCGCAGAAUCCGGUACGCAUAGGGAUCUGCAGCGACGAAAAGGCAGGUACUACGCCAUGUGUCUGGCACAGUCCUUUGGUGAAUCUCGACUGGCGUAG